GUCGAUGUGUCUUCUACAGAUGAGGACGCUUCUGUUCGGUGUUUGGGUGGUGGUCUACGUUUCAGUUCUUUUGGUAGCUCGAAAGAUGUGGACUGCCAAGUACACGAGAAGUCCCCUUGCUCGGACGCUUUUCAUGAACGCGCUGACCAACUCGGAUUUUGAGCCCCAAGUACAAGAGUGGUAUCACUGCACUCCUGACUUGCUAGGCGAAAAGAUCCAGCACUUGUUCGUACAGAGUCAGUUAGAUGAAGAUACCCACUUUCUUCAGAGGAGUGUGGAGAAAUCUGGCUGUGUCCUUACCCAACUCUACCACUCAUUCUUCUCCUCCAUCUUUAGCCCGAUCAUCUCAAGGACCUCCAUCAACGGGUUUCUGGGCCGAGGCUCCAUGUUUGUUUUUUCCCAGAACCAAUUUCGCCAACUUCUCCAAAUCGAUCCCGACUGGAAAGGAGAAAAGCUUCUGGAUCUCGGAGCCGGGGACGGAGGCGUCACGGAUGUAAUGGGCUCGUUCUUUAAAGAGGUUUAUGCAACUGAAGUGUCGCCUCCUAUGAGAUGGCAUCUCCAGAGAAAGAACUACAGAUUGUUGGAAAUUGACGAAUGGCAAAAUACGGGUUUCCAGUAUGACAUCAUCUCCUGUCUGAACCUCUUGGACCGAUGCGACGAGCCUUUACAGCUGCUCAGAGACAUCAAGAAGGCUCUGGUACCUCGCACCGGACGGCUGAUCCUCGCAGUAGUUCUACCCUUUCAGCCUUAUGUGGAAAUACGAGGAAGAUGGGUGCGUCCUGCAGAGCACAUCUGCGUGAACGGCACGACUUGGGAGGAGCAGGUCAGGAACCUGUCCGACAUCAUAUUCCACAGCAUAGGAUUCGAGGUGGAAGCCGUGACACGCCUGCCGUAUUUAUGCGAGGGAGAUAUGCAUCAGGAUUACUAUGUGCUAGACGAUGCCGUGUUCGUACUUAAGCCUCAGGAAUGAGUCGAAGUUUAAUUCACAUUCAAGGGACCCGAUUUAAGGCAUGUGUAUGAAUAGAACGAAUGAUCUAUUUUAAAUAUUGUAACCCGUAUUACUAUUAUAGCGACUUAAAAUUCCAGACAAAUGAAUAUUGAAGCCAUGGUAAGGAUUUUUUUAUGUUUACUGGGAAAGUAUUUUUAAAAAGCAAUACAGACACAUGAAGAACCACCUUCGACACUCAGAUAUCAAACGAUAUGGACAAUGGAUACACAAAGGUUCUGCUGAUGGGUUGAUGGGAAAACUGGGCCAUGUGGCCUCCUGUGCCUACUCUUCAUACUGGAGUUUUCUGA